AUGUUCAUUGCUCAUCAUCCUUUCCACGUGCACCCGACCGGAAAACAGGUGCUGCACCCAGACCCUCAGAGCCCCUUUUACAAGGACGACACGUCCAGGUUCCUGUGGAACGCCCUGGCAGCAGCCACCGCGGGGAGCGGCCCGGGGUCACGCGGCGCCACGUGCGACCCCGUAAAGAACAAGUGCCCGGCCGGGCAGGUCUGUGUCGGCUGGAAGCGCGGCGACAAGGACCCCUCCCUCCUCGGCACCUGCCUCAACGCCACCGCACACUACGUACCCUCCCUAUCCACCCGCAUCACCUGCGCCCACUGCGACGACAUCUAUGGCGCGUUCGCGUGGGUCGAGACCGACGCGUCGGAUUUGUGGGCGCAGCAGCACGGGUGGCCGCGGGACCCGAUGUGGUGCGAGUCCAACUGGCCGCAGGGGGUGCCCUUCAUCCAGCUGUACCUAUUGAAGCCCUACUCAACGCGGGUCGGCGUGCUGCUGGCCGGGAUCGGGCUGACAGUGGCGGCGCUGGCCGCGUCGCUUGCAGGGCGGCGCAUGUUUGAAAAGCACUUGAAACGCAGCUGA